AUGAACGUCCGUACGCACACAUUCGGCCUGCGCUUGCAACGCGACCAGCUGGAAGAGGCCAUCGCGGCCAUCUUUCACACGAUCCUGUUCCACCGCAGUUUGGGCAAAUUUCGACUCAUCGACGACUCGGCGUACGUUGCCGGAACGCUCGGUUACCGGGAGGUAGACUGCGCGGCCAUCGAUCUAACGUACAUCCGCUGCAGCUCGCCGUCGCUCGAGCGGACCGUUUGCAAUCAAAUCGGGUGCUUUGCACAACAGCUGUGCUGCAGUAGCGGUACGCUCGGCAACAGCGGCCAGCUACAGCUAGAGUUUUAUCAACGGCGCCGAAAGCGCUGGUCCUACAAUCAGACCGGCGGCAUCCCGUGGGAAAUCUGGUCGGUACAGCUCGAGCUGGUGGAGGAGCUGCGCGAUGAAGCUGACCGUGUGGAGCUGCGGGACUGUUUGGGCGAUACGCUGCGAGAAACGAUCUGCAGCAUCGCGGAGCUGAUGGGCAGGAACGACUACGUACCGGAGGUUCCGUGCCGGACCGACCUGGACGCGGUCUACGAUACGAGCUAUCCGGAUGUUCAGCCGUACCUGUUUCAGUUCCGGGCGACCAACAGUAUGUCGAGCGGGUUCGGUACGUCCGUCGAGAAGACACUGCAGAAGCUGAUGUGGUGAUGAGGUGAUCCCAUUCUGCGUCCUCCUUGGAGAGUAUUUGGAUCUUGCGAUCAAUUAAAUUUCACUUCGUUCGUUCGAAUGAAACAUCAGACAGUAUCUCAAACUUAAAUACCUCAACGACCUCAACACGGCCAAUCAUUUGACCGAAGGGGUGUUACCGAAUGUAUUCGAACAGAAAAACGUGAUCACACGGAAGCAAACACCUGAUACUGAAGCUACAAACCACACCACGAUGAUUGGUUAUUAGCAACAGGAAGAUGGACACAAAAGAAGUAUAAAUUACAGAUUGAAGAUCUGGUGAAUUCGCUUGGCACGUGGCAGGGUCACAUUGGGGUAGCGAAGAGUGCGCCGGUCGCGUAAUGAAAUGGCAACCGAAACCGCAAAACAAUCACCGCAGCCCCUGUGACAGUAAUGAUACGGGGACGGCUCUCAACACCCUCCAUCAUCAUCAUCAGCUCGGCUGCUCCGGGAUGAGCCCCGUUAUCAGGUUUCAAUUUCCCGCUGUAACAUUGUUCCCGAGGCAUCCGUUCUCAUCACUUGGUAAACAGAUUAACACAGAUCGAAGCACAACCUGAGUACGUUUGUGCGUUUGCCGGCGGAUGACGCAAUUUAAUGCCGCAGGUGUCUGCCAAGAUGUAAUCUUGCGGUGCUGUUUAUGUAAAGGGCAUCAGUUGCAGCGGACGUUAUGCAAUCGGGGGCGAUAGCUUCAAGAUUAGGAUUAGAAGAUUAGGCUUUAAACGAUCGUUUCGUGCAGUUGCCUAAGGGAUAUCAAUUGUAAGUUUCCGGAUGACUCUGGAAGUAGCGUUUAUUCCGGAAAUCAUCACGCAAAGUUUAAUAUUCAAUUGUAAGUAGCAUAAAAUAGAUACUGGUUAUGAGGAGGAGAAUCUUUAAAGUAACAAGAGUUAUGGGAAACGCUGAUGCCAACCGAAGUUAAAGAAAAUGGCACGUUAGAGAAGAAUGAAAAAAAAAUGUUCAAAAAUCAAAUAAAUAUGUUAAUAAACUUUUGCGAUU